AUGGCUCAAAAAAGGAGCCGCCGGCCGAGAAGGCGAUCCGCAAACGCUUCAACUGCUCCGAAAGACGAUGUCUCAACUGAAUCGGAAGAUGUUGAAGUGAUUGAAGAGAAGGAGGAAACUCCGGAGACGAGCACGAAAACAACGUCAGUAGCUGUUGCGAAGCCAACAAUGACCACAAGAUCAUCGAAAAAGCGUCGCUCGGCGGUCAAAGAUGUCUCAAACAACCAUAAAAUUACCGAAUAUUUUUUGGUUAGACGUAGUAGCAGAAAAACGGGAAAACAAAUUGAGAUUGAAGCGAAAAACGCUUUACGGGAUGCCAUUGUGAAAGGAACAAAUGAAAAAUUCCUUGAAGUGUACACUGAUGAGAUCAAGGGUCGUGGAAUUCGUGCGGGUCGCAAUUUCAACAAAGGAGAAUUUGUCAUUGAAUAUAAAGGAGAAAUGAUGCAUUACGCUGCGGCAAAACGCUUAGAGGAGAAAUAUUCGCAGGAUGAGAAAAUCGGAUCCUAUAUGUACUUUUUCUCUUGGAAUAAUAAAAAGUGGUGUGUGGAUGCCACAUCGGAAUCGCCUUAUAAAGGCAGGCUCAUCAAUCAUUCAGUAUUGAAACCCAACUUGAAAACUAAGGUUGUGUCAUUUGGUGGAAAACACCAUUUAAUAUUGAUCGCCAAGCGAGACAUCGAAGAGGGCGAAGAGCUGUUAUAUGAUUAUGGUGAUCGAUCGCCGGCAACGAUUGCAAGAAAUCCAUGGCUCGUCAACACAUAA